GCAUCCGUUAUCCAACAUGUCAGAUGACAAAAUAUAUCCAGGACAUGCUUGAAUAAUGAAACGAUAAUCUGUCGCAUUUAUAUGUUACUCCUCUAGGCAUUACUUGUCUAGUGUUGUUAUGUUCACGUAUUUACAAACAUACUUAUACAUUACAUUUGCCAGGUCCUUGUUUGUUUUUCUGUGUCAGUGUUGUUGCUUGGGGAAGCAUUUGAAGUUUGCACUAUUUGAAUUUCACACCCUAUUUUCACAGCUAGACAGGCAUGCUGCAUUAUUACUCACGCCUACAAUCUGUUACGCCAUUAGCCUGAGCUAUUAUUGGCUGAGGGAAAAGGCCUCCUGCCAGGUGUGUCACACUGAAACUGGCUCUGCCCUGUGAUUUUCCUACUUUCUCUCUAUUUAGGUUACCCUGUUACUGUGCUUGACCUCGCUUGUUCCUUCAUAGAGUGAUCAUGAAGAAACUGUUACUGAUUGUUUUUCCAGUGGGCUGCGACGCUCACAAGAUUUGGACUUUGGAAGAAUAUUUAUCCUGAAUGGAUAGUUUUUUUUUCCUUUUGCUGUAGCUUAUGUAUUGUAUUCAAGUUGGUCAAGUGGAAAAUGUUUGCCACCAGUAACUGGAAUGUUUCUGCUCCAGUUAACAUUGCUGUAUGUUUUGUCGAAACAAUGGAGUUCUUUGGGAGGAAAACGCAGCAAUACCGCAGGGAGCUGACGACAUGCCAAACACGCUUUGGAUGUUUCACACAGAAACUCUGCAGACAGAAGAUUAGGCUCAGUGGUUAUCAUGUGGCUUCACAGCUGAAGUAGGAGUGCCUCUUAAAUGUUAAAAGUGGGGAAAUAUGGGUCCUUCGCUUGUGGAGACAGUGGAGGAUUUACAGAAUAUUCAGCGGUCCUUGUGGGAACUGCAGAAACUGCUCACAGAUCUGCCCGAUGACAUGCUGGAGGACAGCCGAGACUCCUCCUCCCCAGAGCUGGAGUACUCCACCUGCAGCAAUAAAAACACUGGCAACAGCCCACAGUCCACAUGGACUCCACAAUGGUCAGUUCAUCCAAGACCAACCCACCAUAAACAGAACUAUGAAGUUGACUAUGACCAAGGCUCUCAUGAUGAGUACUCUUAUGAUGAUGGAGGUGCUCAGAACAAUGGACAUCGGGGUCAUCCUCAAAGUCAACCUCUGCCUCACAUCUGGAACCAGCAGGAUCAUCAGUUCACCCAGGGAGAUUAUUCAUAUACCAGCGUGGACACAGAAAAAUCGACCAAUGAAGAGUAUGAGUCUAAAGCAUACCAUCAGGGCACUAAUAAUGCUGCAGUGUACAAUGGAGAAGGAGGACGUAGAGACAACCAAAACUACGGGGAUAACAACAAUGCCAGAAACUGUUUCCAAGAUUCAAUGUCUGGACCGGGCAACCGGGUUGUGGAUCAGUACAAGGCCACCUACAAUCCUCAGCAUCCUGCCCAUCAGCCAAACAUUUUUAACUCACAGGCUGCUCACCAGGAAGGCCAACUUGACCAUCUGCAAAGAGAAUUCCUGGACUCAACACAACAAACUGCCGACAGGGAACAGGUUGUCCAGCUGCAGAUUUUAAACAAAGCUCAGCAGAGGCAGAUUGAGGACUUGGAGCGAAAACUGGAGGAUUUGAGGCGUAAUUUGAGAUACACCGAGCAUCAGCUUGCAAUUGUCAGAGAUGAGAAGGAUGGCCUAACAGUAAGUCUAAAGGAGUCGAGUCGAUUGGUUGAAGAGGCAAAGGACAGAGAAGGUCAAAUGCAAAACAAAUUGAAGGCCAUGGAGCAGCAAAUUAUGAUUCUUACUGAGAGAGACCAGGAGAAUAUGAAGAAGCAGAGGGUGGCCGAGGCUGCAGUGGACAGCAUGAAGCAGCAGAUGUUGGAUCUCUGUCGCUCUGACACCCUGUCCAGAGCGCGAGAGCAGCAUGACAGAGACCUCGCUGUCAUAAAGGAGCAGCAUGAUGCCGCGGUGCUGACACUACAGCAGAAACUGGACUCCACUUCCCAGACUCUGAACGAACAGAUUGAUGUUGGUCAGAGGUUACGAGAGCAGGUGAAGCAGCUGGAGAACCAGAGAGAAGAGGAGCAACUGGAGAGGGCCAGAGUCGUUAACACCCUCAGUCAGCGUCUGGAGGAGAGUCAACAACAAUGUGCCAAGCUGCUGCAGACAAGUUCAGUUCAGGAGAUGACUCAGAUGCAAAUCAAACUACAGCAGGCUCAAUCAGCCAAGGCACUGAGCGAAGACAUGAACAAAGUCUUACAGGAGGAUCUGUCCGACUUGAAGGAGCAGAUCACUCUGUAUGAAAGUGCUGUGAAACAUGGUGUUAUUGCAUUAGAUGUGAGCGAGGACUGGGAGAACCACAUGUCAGAAUCCUGUAUGGAUUUAGGACUAAAAAAAACCAACAGGAAAAAUGGCCUGCUUCACAGUACUGCCCUGACUCACCUGUCAGACUCCAAGCUGCCCAAAGAUGAAGCUUUGCGGCUGCUGCGAGUGGAGAUGCAGCGCUGUCUGUGUAGUCUGAAGGGGAAGCGGCAGAAGAUCAGUCAGCUGCAGCAGGAGCUCCAGCUCUGUCAGAGUCGAGUGAACGAACUGCAGACCCAGUUGGACGAAGCUCAGCUCAGCUCUUCGGUCAGAGAAACCAGUCAGCUGAAACAGCUAGAUUUAACUGGAGAGUCUCAGAAAGAGUUCAUGAGGCUACAGGAGGACAAACGACACUUGCAGGAACAAGUGGAGCUGUUAGAAAAGAAGAAUAAGGAGCUUGAACAGAGUGAGGAGAAGGUGAGGUCUGCUAACAGGGAGCUUUGCACCAAAAUGAGAGAGAUGAUCCAAGAACUGGACCAAGAGAAGCAGGAGGCGUCUGCGAGAACUGAGCGGAUUCACCAGCAGUACAGGGACGACGUGGUGAACCAGAUCAGAACCGAGCUCAUGCUGGAACAUGACGCUCAGGUUGAACAGCUGACUGCACAGCACCAGCAGCAGGUCCAACAGUUAGAGACCCAACUGUCUGAAGCCAGUGAUAAGAUGCUGGCUGUGCAAGAGUGUUACAUAUCUGUCUGCAAGGACAAGGAUCUGCUUGAGGAACACAUACGCAAUAGGGAGAUGGAGGUGGAGGCUUUGAAGAAAAAAAAUGAGCAAAACAUUACAGAGGAGCAUGUUACAGCUAUGGAGAAGCUCAGGGCUGAGCUUGAGGCUCAGCAUCAAUACUCAAUAAAUCAGCUCAAAGCUCUCUGGUCCAAAGAAAAGGAGACUGAGAUCCAGCUGCAGGUGACCUCUCAUGUAGCCUUGGCCAAAGCUGCUUGGGAGGAGGAACUACAAAAGAUGGAGAAGACCUGGGACCAGAGGCUGGGGGAUGCUAGGAGAGAGAAAUGCAAAGAGACUGCUGAGGCAACCUGUCAGUCAGAUGAGAAUGAGGCAAGCAGUGGGACAAUUACUGCUGAGGAGCUGGACUCCAGGCUCGUUGCCCAGAAACAACAGCUGCUACUGGACGCUGACAAAGUCAAACGCAAGGCUGUGGAAGAAGCCAGGAAACAAACCCAGCAAGAGUUACACGAGAAACACCUGGAGGACAUGGCCAGACAGGUUGAAGGUGCAGUAAUGAGGGCCUACAAUCGCUGGAUUGAGGAUUUGACUUCAUUACCAGAAUACGAAGCCUCUCUCCAAAUAGAGAGGAAGAAAUGGGAAGAACUACAGGAGAAGUACACGGAACAACAAGUGUCCCAGGCGCUGAGAGAGGCAGAGGAGCAGUGGCUUCAGAAGCAAAAGAACCAGCUGGAGGAACAGAACUCUGGAACCCAGAGGGUGGAGGAGCUCCAAGAGGAGGUGGCAGCUCUCCAGACUCAGUUGGAGCAAGUGAAGAGAGAGCAAGCUGCCCUGCUGAAGGCUGAGCUGGCCGGAGCUAGAUCAGUCUGGAACCGAGACAAACAACAGGAGAUCUCUGUCAUCCAGGUCCGCAGUGAGCAGGUGUACAAAGUCAAGCUGCAAGAGCAGCGUGAAAAGCUGGAGGAGGCUUUGCAGCAGGCCAAAGAGGAUGCACACCUCCACAAGAAGGAGCUGCUUCUGCAGAUGGAGGCCAGGCUACAACAGACUCUGGACGCUCGAGAGGAGGAGUGGAGACGUCAGCGUGCAGAGAAAGAGCAGACUCAGAGACAGCAGAUGAGAGAUGAGUUAGUAGCAGAGCUUCAGAGUAGUCUGGCAGAGGUCCAGGCACAACUUCUCAGGGAUCCCAAAACAGAUCAGCGGGGCACUGAAGACAUCAGGAGGACCAGCGGGGCCACAUCAGAGGGCACAAUAACACACAUUAUCCAAAUGUCAUGCAAAAACAUAGUCAGCAGAGCAGUAUCUCAAGCCAAGGUGGAAUGGAAGAAAAUAAGUGAGGAGAGACUGAGCCGCGUGUUGAAAGAAACACAGCAGCAGCACGAAAGGGAAAUCGAAAAAGUGCAAAGCUCUUUGCCUCAGAGGAAGGAGCAGCCUUGUUGCAGGAAGGAGUGUGCUGAGACUGUAAGUAAGCUGCAGAAGAAGAUCCAGGAGCUCCAGAGACACUUGGAGAAGGCCUGUCGUCAACUCCAGCACAGUGUUCGAGAGCACAAAACUGCCAUGCAGCAUCUGAAAGACGAGCAUGAAAGUAGCCUACAAAAGGCAAAGGAGGAACAUCUGCAGCAGCUAGAGGAAGUGAAGAAAGCCAAAGAAUCCUCAGGGAGUUCUGAUAACCAACAAAGUCUCCAGCAAGGCCUCGAGGAGAUGAAGCAGCAAUACCUAAUGACUGUAGAAAAGAUCAGAGGCGAUAUGCUGCGUUACCUUCAGGAGAGCCGGGAGCGAGCGGCGGCGAUGAUCCACACGGAGGUGCAGCGGGAGAGGCAGGACACUGCCAGAAAGAUGCGUCGCUAUUAUCUCACCUGUCUGCAGGAGUUACUGGAGGACGGAGGAAAGACCACAGGAGCUGAAAAGAAAAUAAUGAACGCAGCAAGCAAGCUGGCGGCCAUGGCUAAAGUGCUGGAGACACCUGUCAAACAUAAAUCUGGAAAGAACUAUAGUUUACAGACCGAACGCCCUCCAGAACAACAGACAGGUUCCAAUAACAAGCCUUCAAAACUUGCUGAGCUCCCUGACACCAGGCCAGAGGAGAGAACCCUCAGGGAAAAGACCUACGCUGGUGCAGAGCAGAAACAAAGUGCCACUGUGAGGACCAAACCUCUGAGUCACCGGGACUUUUCUGCUUCUGGGAAGGAGGAAGUCUCUGUGGAUGCAGGGCUGAAACCCCAAACUGCUGCUCAGGCACAUCUCCGCUCUUCCAAGCCUUCUCAACAGAUGGCUUUUCCAUCCCAGGUGGAGUUCGUCAACGUGUCCGUGAGGAGUAAAAGCAGGGAGCUGUACCUUCAGGGACUUGACCACGAAGCGGACGACCGCGCCGACUCAGAGCAACAGGACAAACCCUUCCUCAUCCAGGAGGCUCCUGUCAGAGACGGGAAACGGACCGACUGGAGCGUGACCAGUAAUGGCUCGGACACAGGAUUACAGGUUUCCAGACUCUCCUACCCGGGCAGGAAAGUAGAACCAGUGAAGCCGUUUUCUGUCUCUGCUGCGUCAGUAAGUGACUUGGGAGAGUUUGGUGGCCUCACCCCAGAUCUUUCUGACAUGACUGUUUAUAAUGAAAUUGCCAAGAAGACGCCUCACACCCAGACAAAGAUGAGCAUACACAGAGAGCCCACACCGGGCUCUGAGGCUGAGAAGCAGCAUGGAGUUUGUUCCAGGCCUCUGUUCUUUGAGUUGAGACAGCGCCAGCAGGACAGCGGCUUUGACAGUCCAUUCAGCCAACAGAAAUGACAAAGAGAAGGCAGGUAUGAAGUGAGGUAAGGACAUGAACUUCAAACUGAAUGGACAAGUUUGGUUAGCUCAGCAAAUAGUGCCUUUAAUACACAAAUACAUCUACAGUUUACAUGACGAAAGCUUUAACUUCAUAGCUACUUGCAUUGUGUGUGUGUGUGUGUGUGUGUGUGUUUUGCAUUAACAUCGUUGAGGAAGAUUUUGUCAUAUUGGGAAAUUAUUUGCUUUUCCUGACCAGAGUUGGAUAAGAAGAUCUCCUGUCUGUAAUUACGAAGCUACAGCCGGCAGCUGUCAGCUUGACUAGCCUGGUUCUGUCCUAAUGUAAUAAACUCCAUCCACCACCACCUGUAAAACUCUAGAUAAUGAUAGAAAGUGUAUUUCCCAAACAUGUUUGUUUCUUUAUUGCGUAAUUUGUGGUGUAAGAGACUUUGUGUUCCUCUCACUGCUGGUCUAGUAGCUCUCUCACCUUAGGCAUAACAUCAACAUUAACAUUUUGUUCUAUCAAUGUUUGAUAAAUUUCAGUCUACUUUUAAAAAUACAGCCACCUCAGGUCUUGGUUUUAAAUUUCAGUGAGGCUCACAGCCGUGCGAUUGGUUGAAAUUAGUAGACAAGGUUGUUGUCUAUGUUUCAGUAAGAACUUGUGACCCCCUGACUGAGGUCCACUGCUGUUUUUAUCUCUGGGAUCACUGAAGUUUAGUGCGUCUGUGUCUGUGUUUGUUGUUUUUUUUUAUUUUAUUCUUGGAAAUAUUUUAUAUUUGUUAUGGAGAAUGCUGUGCAAAGAUUAUAAAGGUUUUUAUACGUAUAUUGCGUUCAUUCAUUUGAAUAAAUGUUAUCUUAUUGGAACCAAAGAA